AUGGCUCAUGAUCAAGAUCCGUCACCCAACGCUGGCGCUGCCAAUCAGAAAGCCAUCGACGACUGGCUUCCGAUCACUUCUUCUAGGAAUGCCAAAUGGUGGUAUGCUGCUUUUCAUAAUGUCACUGCCAUGGUCGGCGCCGGCGUCCUCAGCCUCCCUUAUGCUAUGUCUGAACUCGGAUGGGGACCUGGUUCGGUGAUAAUGAUUCUGUCAUGGAUCAUUACGCUGUACACGCUAUGGCAAAUGGUGGAGAUGCACGAGAUGGUGCCUGGGAAGAGGUUCGACAGGUACCACGAGCUAGGCCAGCACGCCUUCGGCGAGAAGCUUGGCCUAUGGAUCGUGGUUCCUCAGCAGCUAACGGUGGAAGUCGGCGUCAAUAUCGUCUACAUGGUCACCGGCGGCAAGUCCUUAAAGAAGUUCCACGAGACAGUCUGCCCCAACUGCUCCAACAUCAAAACCUCUUACUUCAUAGUCAUAUUCGCCUCCAUCCAUUUCGUCCUCUCCCACCUCCCCAAUUUCAACUCAAUCUCCGGCGUCUCUCUCGCCGCCGCCGUCAUGUCUCUCAGCUACUCCACGGUGGCGUGGGUUGCUUCCUUGGAGAAAGGAGUGCAGCCGGACGUGGACUACAGCUAUAGAGCCAAGACCAAAUCGGACGGCGUUUUCCACUUCUUGAGUGGGUUGGGUGAAGUGGCGUUUGCGUUUGCUGGCCACAACGUUGUUUUGGAGAUCCAAGCCACCAUUCCCUCCACGCCGGAGAAGCCCUCCAAAGGCCCCAUGUGGAAAGGUGUCGUUUUGGCUUACAUCGUUGUCGCUUUAUGCUAUUUCCCUGUCGCCAUGAUUGGCUAUUGGGUAUUUGGCAAUGCUGUUGAAGACAACAUCCUUAUUUCCCUCGAAAAACCUGCCUGGCUCAUUGCCAUUGCCAACAUGUUCGUCGUCAUCCACGUCAUCGGCAGCUACCAGAUUUAUGCUAUGCCCGUGUUCGACAUGAUGGAGACGUUGUUGGUGAAACGAUGGAACUUUACUCCUUGUUUCCGACUUCGAUUCAUCACUCGAUCUUUAUACGUCGCUUUUACAAUGUUUGUGGGAAUAGCGGUGCCUUUCUUCGGUGGCUUGCUCGGGUUCUUCGGAGGCCUGGCGUUCGCGCCCACAACUUACUUCCUCCCAUGCACCAUGUGGCUAGCGAUUUACAAGCCCAAAAGAUUCGGCCUAUCAUGGACCACAAAUUGGGUUUGCAUUGUGUUUGGCGUUCUGCUGAUGGUCCUGUCGCCCAUCGGCGGCCUGAGAACGCUCAUCCUUUCAGCCAAGAACUACCAGUUCUUCUCAUGA